CACCCUUAAAUACAAGCUUAAUACAUGAUUAUUAUUGUAUUAUUAACAAAUCAAAGAGAUUAUCAGAAAUAAUAGAAUUCGAAUUAAAAUGGCAACUCUUGAGAAGGAAUCGAGAAGGUCUGGAGUUUUAGGAAGCAGCAAUCGAAUAGCAGCAAUAGCGGUUUCUCCUCUUAAUGUUGAUUUAGUUAUUGAUAGUAAUAAUAACAAUAUUAACAACAAUGAUCCUCCUUCACUUUCUCAUAGCAAACACUUUGAUGAAGCUCCUACUAAAAAGAAACCUAAGUGGAAAAAGUUUUUAUCAUUUGUUGGGCCUGGCUUCUUGGUUUCUUUGGCUUAUCUUGACCCUGGCAAUAUGGAAACCGACUUACAAGCAGGAGCUAAUCAUCGAUUCGAGCUUCUAUGGAUAAUUCUUAUUGGGUUGAUUUUCGCUUUGAUUAUCCAAUCUCUAGCAGCAAAUCUCGGUGUAUCCACAGGCAAACAUUUGUCAGAACAUUGCAAAGCAGAGUACCCUGUAGUAGUGAAAUAUUGCUUAUGGCUUUUAGCAGAAGUAGCAGUUAUAGCAGCUGAUAUACCUGAAGUUAUUGGUACUGCCUUUGCGUUAAAUAUUCUCUUUCAUAUUCCUGUUUGGAUUGGUGUACUUCUCACUGGUUUAAGUACUCUCCUCCUUCUUGGACUUCAAAAAUACGGGAUAAGGAAGUUGGAACUAUUGAUAGCAAUAUUAGUGCUUAUAAUGGGUGCUUGCUUCUUUGGAGAGAUGGGUUAUGUGAAACCACCAGCAAAAGAUGUGGUUAAAGGCAUGUUUAUUCCUAAGCUUGAAGGCCAGGGUGCAACUGCUGAUGCUAUUGCAUUGUUAGGUGCUCUUGUUAUGCCGCACAACUUGUUUCUACAUUCGGCCCUUGUGUUAUCCAGAAAAGUAACAAAGACUACAAAAGGAAUCAACCAAGCGUGUAAAUACUUCUUAUUAGAGAGUGGUUUUGCUUUAUUCAUCGCAUUCUGGAUCAAUGUAGCUAUUAUAUCAGUAUCAGGCACAGUGUGUUCAAGCAACGAUCUAACACAACUAGAGGCAGAUCAAUGUAGUGAUUUAACGCUAAACAAUGCUUCAAUCCUUCUUCAGAAUGUUCUAGGGAAAAAAACUGCCGCGAUUUUCUAUGGUAUUGCUCUCUUUGCUUCAGGACAAAGCUCUACCAUCACCGGGACUUAUGCUGGUCAAUAUAUUAUGCAGGGUUUUUUGGACCUUAAAAUGAAAUCAUGGACGAGGAACUUAUUGACUCGGUGCGUCGCUAUAGCACCAAGCCUACUUGUUUCAAUCAUCGGAGGAUCAGCCGGAGCCGGGAAGCUCAUUAUUAUUGCCUCGAUGAUAUUGUCAUUUGAGCUUCCAUUUGCUUUAAUCCCACUCCUCAAGUUUAGUAGUAGUUCCACCAAGAUGGGACCUCACAAGAACUCUAUUGUUAUUAUUGUCAUAUCAUGGAUUUUGGGACUAUGUAUAAUAGGCAUCAACAUAUAUUACCUAAGCACAGCCUUUGUUGGGUGGCUAAUAAGCAACAACUUACCAAAAGUAGGCAAUGUGUUCAUUGGAAUAGUGGUGUUUCCAAUGAUGGCAAUCUAUGUAUUAUCAGUCAUAUAUCUCAUGGUUAGAAAAGAUAGGGUUGUUACUUAUAUCGACCCUUCAAAUGUUGCUCCCAAAGAGGAUACUGAAGAUAACCCACAUCCAUAAUUAAUACGCGUAACACGGUGUUAAUUAGGUUGAUCAACCAUGUUAAUUAUGUUGUUUUUCUUGUACAAUUAUAUAAACCAAAGUUUGUAUCAUGUUUUGUUGCACAUUAAUUUCAACUAAUUUUACUUGUAUGAUCGUUGAGAGCGUAACGAGAAGUGUCAAGCUAGUGGUCGCGGUACGUGUGGUGGCCGAUAGUGGCCUUAAGAGGCUGUGGAGGUCAUCGCCGCCAACCCGGCCCGGCCCUCGAAACCCGGCCCCUUGAACUGAAAAGAAAGGGAGUGUUGUUGGUUUCAGGUCUUUACUUAGCUAGAUGAUUAGGCUUCUUGAUGGACUUCAUUAAGCAUUAUGUAACUUUUGUUUUUCCAAGAGUUCUAUUUGAAAUAAUACUUAUCAAUUUAUCAUCGGUUUUUGAAA